CGCGCGGGGGGUAAGAUCCGAUCAAUACAUCUCCGUCCCGUCUCCCGUCUCCCGUCUCCCGUCUCGCGUCUCGCGGGCUGCAGUCAGUGUCGCGAGUCUUCCUCUCAGCCCUGCCAGCGCGUCCGGACGGUGCCGAGCUGAGCCGACAGCAGCUGGUAUUAUGCGGCCCCCGAGGAUCCGAGCGAGCUGCCGUUGUCCUCGUCUUAACGCAAUAACGGUGUAACGCGGACUCGUGACACCGUGCGCAAGUGCGCGCGCGCCCCUGGUCGAGAGAGAGAGAGAGAGAGAGAGAGAGAGAGAGAGAGAGAGAGAGCCAGCCAGCCAGCCAGCCCGAGAGGACAAGAGGGAUCGACCGGAGAAGAUGAAAAGGCAGAAUGUGAGGACGCUGUCGCUGGUCGUGUGCACCUUCACGUACCUGCUCAUCGGGGCGGCCGUCUUCGACGCGCUCGAGUCCGACACCGAGCGCAGACGCUGGGAGUUCUUGUCUGAGGUGCGCCGCAACAUGAUGAGGAAGUACAACAUCUCCGUCGAGGACUACCGCAUGGUGGAGAUCGUGAUAAUCGAGAACAAGCCGCACAAGGCCGGCCCCCAGUGGAAGUUCGCCGGGGCCUUCUACUUCGCGACCGUGGUGCUGGCCAUGAUAGGUUACGGACACUCGACGCCGGUGACGGUCGGCGGCAAGGCCUUCUGCAUGGGCUACGCGAUGGUCGGCAUCCCCCUGGGCCUGGUCAUGUUCCAGAGCAUCGGUGAGCGGCUCAACAAGUUCGCCUCGGUGGUAAUCCGCCGGGCCAAGACCUACCUCAAGUGCCAGAAGACCGAGGCCACGGAGAUGAACCUCAUGCUGGCCACCGGGCUGCUGUCCAGCAUCAUCAUCACCACGGGCGCCGCCGUCUUCUCCAGGUACGAGGGCUGGAGCUACUUCGACAGCUUCUACUACUGCUUCGUCACGCUCACCACCAUCGGCUUCGGCGACUACGUCGCUCUCCAGAACGACCAAGCCCUGUCGAACAAGCCGGGCUACGUGGCGCUCAGCCUGGUCUUCAUCCUCUUCGGCCUGGCCGUCGUGGCCGCCAGCAUCAACCUGCUGGUGCUGCGCUUCAUGACCAUGAACGCGGAGGAGGUCCGCCGCGACGACGAGCUCCAGUCGGCCUCGCACCACGUGCUCACCCUCGACGGCGAGGUGGUCGCGGUGAACGGCAAGCUGCUCGCCGGGCACAUUCCCAUGUCCAACGAGACGGACGACUGCGUCUCGGUCUGCUCGUGCACCUGCCUCGGCGCCACCAACUCCGAGCUCCUCGACUCCUCGGGCUACCAGGGCUACAGGCCGCCCUCGAUCACCACCAGUUUGCGCGUCAAACGCGCGUCCGUCUGAUGGAAGGAGUUUCGCCGGCGCAGUCUGCGCCGUCGGCUCUCGAGGGUCGACAGUCGCGAGCUACUUGGCAUCGACGUCUGAGCUGCUCCCACUGCAUCGUCGUUCCGUGCUGCCGUGAUGCCGCUAAACACACACACACACACACAUCUCUCCUAGCUCUCCUGACCGUCACCUCGAUACCUGUGUACCUUUCGUUCUUGGUGUCGACAUUCAAAUUCAUUGUUCUUGUUGUUGUUGUUGUUGUUGUUGUUGUUGUUGUUGUUGUUGUUCUUCUUCUUCUUCUUGUUCUGCAACGGCCAGCGAGGGUCUUUUAUCCUUCGAGCCGGUGGUGCGUUAACCCGAUCUGGCUGUUGCAGGAUAGUCGUUGAGUUUUCACUUCGCCGAGAUUAGCGCACUUAUACGUCGGACGACGGAAUCGACGUACCUAUGUGUCAACUUCAGAUAUGUAGAGGGACUAACCGUUGAGACGGGUUUUCGUUUAGGCAUUCGACAUAUCCGCAAGCCAGCUUCGUUUGUUAAACUGCUAUCUCGAUCGGAACCAGAAUAAUGUACAAAUUUCAGCAUUGAUUUCAUGACGAGAACGGAGUCGACUAUACUUAUAUAGUUAAUUCGCAGCGAUUUUAAAUAUAACAGAUGUGUGAUAGCCAUUAGCCAAGUAUACGUGUGUUUAGCCAGGAGCUUUCUAACAUUGCAUUUAGUCAAAUGCGGCAGUAUAUAAUAUAAUAUAAAUAUAACAAAGCGAGGAUUCGAUGAUCGGUUUUUUAAUCUGAAUUUUCAAGACGGGCAACCUCGGUAAAACGCCGCAGACAAAUGUAAUGUCGACAAGUAAAUACGCAUGAAUAGGCCAGAAGAUAUACAAUAGUAGCUAGAACGCGAUAAUGCAAAGUCCAGAUUCGCACACAAGUGUGGUAUAUGGACUUCGUGGCUUGUUUGUAAAUAUUAAAGACACUGCACUUAAUCUAUAGAGAUAGAUCGAUUACAAAGAUUUUUACUCAAACAGGUAUACCCAGAGACGAUUAAAAGCACAGUGGAAGACUGAUAAAACUGAUCCCCAAAUAACAAGAGGAGUUGCCGUUUUUCCUUACAGCCUUACAGCCCACACAGGCGCACACGUUUUUCACGAUCAUUUCAUUAACCAGUGCGUUCAAUAACGUUCCAAACGCUGAUUUACUUUUCUCAUUUUUUAUCGAUAAAUUACUGAGACUUUUUUUAAAUAAGUUCAUAGCCAUUAAGUUGAGUAUUGAAAAUCAAUAGUGCUUAAAGGUAACUCCGAAACAAUGUCUUUCAAAAUUUAUAAAAGUUUUAAAACAAUUUAGCCACAGGACAGCAUUUUAUUGGAUUGUCUAUACAGGAAAAUAAAAAUAUGUGAAUAUUGAUUUGCAUAAAUGUAUAUAUGCUUAAGGAUUGCGCAUGUAUAUUUUUAAAUGUCCAACAUUUUUAUAAUAAAAAGUUGAAUAUCUAUCAAAGUAAAAGUGUAUUAUUUAGUAGAAAAAACACCUAUAUGCUUCAUAUUUCGCACACAAGAGGGUAAAUUACGAAAAUGGUAUCAAUUUAAGCGAUUUUAUUCUUGAUAAAAAUAGAUAGUCCGUGGUACACAAUUAUAUAUAUAUACACACACACGCACGUUUGCAUAUUUAGCGUUUCACAUUCGCAAAACAUACAACACAUAUGCUGCUUAUAAAAAUACAUAGCUAUUACUUAGAUAUAUUGUUAUACAUAAAACUUACAAUAAAAUGUCAUGAAAAUUUCAACUUUUAGAGAAUAUACAUAUAUAUUAUUUUAAAUUGAGAUAUAUUUGUAUAACAUUCUUUUGCAGAAGAGAAACUAUUGAGAAAGUUGUAAAAUCAUACUGGAAGGCCAUUUGUAGUUGUACAGGCCAUUUGUACAUAUCUUUGUGCUCAAAUAUUUCAGAGUUAAUGACAUGAAAAUGUAUAGAUUUUACAUUAAUUGUAUCACUGAAAAAACAUAAAUUUUAUCACCACAUAAAGCUUUUUGUACAAUAGUCACAAUGUCUCUGAAUAUCAUUAAUUUGCUGGUAAGCGCAGUCUUAGCAAUGUGUUUACUAUAUCUUUUGUAAUAGUGUAAUAAUAUGAAGAAAAAAAAA